UCUCCCCAUCUCGUCUGAAUCCCUCUCGUCUCGCCUCUGCUCUCGCUCGGGGUCUUCUUCUCGCUGCUACCCCAGUUUCCGCUGUUGGCCACCGAUAGUUGGGGACGCGUGUUGCUGCCGGUGUUAGUUCUCGGGAGGGUCGAUUUGGUUUUCAACUUUUCAUCUCCGGCGUCUCUUCCUUACUGGAGAUCAAGCGAAAGCCGGCAGAUCGUGGAAAUUUGGCUUACCAUCAAUCAAUAAGAUGGUUUUUCGCCCAACGCAACGGAAGCCUCGACAAGAGGUGUCUAAAAUCUUAAAGAAGUCUCGAAAAGAAUACCGGAAAACUCAGGAAAAUAUGAGAGUCGGUCCACUACCCGUUAAACAAUAUCCUUUGAAGAAUAGUAACACUGGUCGAUUGGAAGCUAGGAUAAUGGGAAAAAGUGAUAGCAAGUCAAAUCAAGUUCAACCUACCUCAAGCUUGAAAAGUCACUUGAUUUCUUCUGAAGAACAAAAGAUUUCUACUCUCUUGAGGUCAUGGGAAGAUAUGGAUGCUGCAUUGAAGAAACCACAUCCCUUUAAGAAGAAAGUAGAGGUUCCUAAAGUUUCACCGCCGACUCGUUUGAAGGCUAUGCCGGAAUUGGCUCACAAGGAAAUCAAGAGAUCGAAGGAGCAAUCAAAAUUUGACCAAGGGGAAGCCAUCAAUGUUAGAAAAGAUGGUACUGAGAAAUUGGAUUUACCAAAGAGUUCCAAUUUGUCUGCAAUUCCAAAAAAACCUAAUACCUUAAUGGAACAUAAGCUCGUGGUUUCUAAGAAUAAUUGCUCAGAUGAAUGCAAGGAAAAACAUGUUGGAGUUGAGAGUAGCAAAGGAAAUUGUAAAGACCAUGCAAGUGGAGGUCUUGACAUUCAUGGUGCUCUUCAUAAGCCGGAAGAUAAUAAGUCUUUGAAUGGUAACCAACCGAUGCAAGGACUUAGAAAUUCAGGUAAGAGUUCCUCCAAAACGUUUGAUGAGGAUCUUUCAAGACGCCGAAGAGAUAAGGCAUUACAUAAGGAAGAUGGCCAUUCUCUCCAUAAUGCUGACCAAAGAGGGCUCACAGAGAUAAACUUUGAGUUGAGUAACAAGGGUGAAGUCGCUAAAUGUGAUGGAAACACCAAUAAUGGCAUGCCUAAGAAGAGGAAGGUACCAUCGUUGGAAGUAAACCCUAAGACAAUUGAGUUUAAUGAUAGUAAAGAUUUUCAAGGAAAUAAUAUGGUUAGUAGGCCGAGGAAGAAACAAAGAUGUGUGACAAGUAACGAUGAAGAGAAAGGAGCAGAAUAUGGUGGUGGUGAUUUUGGUCCUAUGGGUGUGGAAGAUGACAUUGCUAGAUCUAUGUCACAAGCCACUAUUUUGAAGGAUGGUCAUGCUAAAGUCUUCGUGCCAUUAUUUGUCGAGCAACAACGUUGUUGCUCGAAGCCCAUUGACAUACCUCAUUGGAGCGGAAUAUUUAAAAUAGAUGGGAAGGAAUACAUGUCAGUGGCUGGACAUUUGUCGAACAAAUCAUGUGAGGAAGUGUGGAGUUUAUCCAGACAACUGACUCCAUUGGUUGAAUUGAAAAGGUUUUCAAGGUUGGAGGUGUGGCCUAAGGCAUGGGAAACAUUGAAACCAAAUGACGGCAACAUUGGCAUGUAUUUCUUUCCUCUUGAUAUGAGGCAAGACAAUGACAUGGAUCAACUAAUUAAAGAAGUCAUAGAGGAUGAUUUGGUUUUGCAGGCUAUUAUUGGUGAUGUUGAGAUGUUGAUAUUCCCAUCUAUUUUAUUGCCUAAUCGCCACCAAACAUUUCAGAGAAAAUACUACCUGUGGGGAGUAUUCAAGCCUAGAGAAGAUAAAGGUGUUGCUGCAGAACCACCAAGUGCUAUAGAGCGUUUUGCACAUGAGGUAGAGAAGGAAAAACAGUGGCAUAUCUUGGUCGACCAGCAGGAUGAAAUGAUUCUGAAGACAAGCACCAUGAACAAUCUGCCGAUUAAAGGCCUUCAAGUUGAAGCUAGUCGUGUCAAAGGGCCACCUAACAUGAGCUUUGAUGUUAAAGCUCCUAAUGAAGGGACACAAGCAGAAGCUGAAGCUGCUCCAGUUGCUACUAAUGCUGCUACAUCACCUGCAAACCAUGGACAGAUUGAUCCAACAUGUAUGGGACUUCCCGCAGGCAGGCUUAUGGGUUUUGUCGCGCGACGGACUCCGAAACUUGAGCAACUUGUUCAAGAGAUGAAACAUGAAGGUGUAUUGGUAUUUGCUAUGGAGGGUGACAGUUUGGGUGCCGAAUCUUGGCCAGGCAACAUGGCUACUGCCGUGCAGAAGUAGGGGUAAGAGCAUAAGUGCUGUGCUCUAUGGAAUCGGACCUCAACCAGCGUCCCUUGUCGGCAUGAGCAGAAGGAUGCCUAGCUUGUCCAAGUAAGACGAUACGGACUAGGGGUCUAUUCAUUGAUGAAGCAGCUCGGGGGAUGUUGAGCAGGAGCAGGACUUGGAUUAGAGAGUAUUUACUGCCUUUGUACCACACCUUCUGUGCCAAUCUUUUCAGAGAAGGCUGCAGUAGGGAGUUCACAUUUCGCAGUUUGUACCUCGUCCUAGACUCCUAGUAACGUGACGAAGUGUACCUUAGUCCAAGUCUAGUUUCGA